UGUGGUCGAUGAUAACUGUGUCUUCCAGGGCACUCCAAUGUCAAGCUGUUUAUAACCCAAGGAGGCCUACAGUCAAUGGACGAGUCCAUUUUCGCACACGUUCCCAUGAUAAUCAUACCGUUCAUCGGGGACCAGUUCUUCAACGCGCAGAGGAUGCUUGAGAGAGGCGUCGGACUGUCGCUCGACUACACGAAUUUGCAAAAGGAGGAGUUUAAAUCCGCGAUAAUCGAGGUCAUAACUAACCCCCGGUACAAGAAGAAGGUCACCGAACUGGCAGAAUUGGCUUCGGAUCAGCCGAUGACGGGACUGGAACGCGCCGUCUGGUGGACGGAGUACGUGUUACGCCACAAGGGCGCCAAGCAUCUCCGAAGCCCUUUUCUGGAGAUCCCCACCUACCAGUAUUUGUUGCUGGAUGUCAUUUGCGUUUUGCUUGUGAUACUCGCGGUAUUAUCAGGCGCCGCAUAUGUCCUUUUUAAGUUGGCACUCCGGCUAGUUAUACGGACCUGUGUUCGUAAACGCAACAAAGAGAAGGACCAAUAGAAUUCCGUUCCGUAGAAAAUUAAAUUUCUAUAAUUGGUAAUGGUUUUAUGUUCAGCGCGAGGACGAUGAUAAAUAAAGAGCAAACACAUGUAUGCUGGGGGUUGGUCCAUAACCCCUUCCCCCCGACCCCCGGUUACACUCCUCCCCCCACCCCAACGUUUAGCCUUAGGAUUUUUUUUUGUUUUUUUCU